AUGUGCCAAGGAAAAAUGACAUCAGGAAAUGACUCUUCAGUGACAGAGUUUAUCCUGCUGGGAUUAACACAACAGCCAGAGCUCCAGCUGCCUCUCUUCUUCCUCUUCUUGGGAAUCUAUGUGGUCUCUGUGGUGGGGAACCUGGGCUUGAUGGCCCUGAUUGGUCUGAAUCCUCACCUGCACACUCCCAUGUACUACUUUCUCUUCAACCUUUCCUUCACCGAUCUCUGCUACUCCUCUGUUAUAAUCCCCAAAAUGCUGCCAAGUUUUGUAAAACAGAACAUCAUCUCUUAUGCUGAGUGCAUGACUCAGCUCUUCUUUUUUUGCUUUUUUGUUAUUGAUGAAUGUUAUAUUUUGACUUCAAUGGCCUAUGAUCGAUAUGUGGCCAUCUGUAAACCUCUGCUUUAUAGGGUCACCAUGUCUCCUCAGCUCUGCUUUAUGAUGACAGUGUCUGUGUACACAAUGGGGUUUGUGGGUGCCAUGGCCCAUGCUGGAUCCAUGUUGAGACUCACCUUCUGUGAUGGCAGCAUCAUCAAUCAUUACAUGUGUGACAUCCCUCCUCUCCUGAAGCUCUCUUGCACAAGCACCUCCAUCAAUGAGCUGGUGGUUUUCAUUGUAGUGGGUGUCAACGUAAUUGUACCUAGUCUGACUGUCUUUAUUUCUUACACUGUGAUUCUUUUCAACAUCUCCUGUAUGCGUUCUACAGAGGGCAGGUCCAAAGCCUUCAGUACCUGCAGCUCCCACAUAAUUGCUGUUUCUCUUUUUUUUGGAGCAUCAGCAUUCAUGUAUCUUAAGCCUUCCCCUGUUGGCUCUCUGGAUGAAGAUAAAGUAUUUACAAUUUUUUAUACCAUUGUGGGGCCAAUGAUGAAUCCUUUCAUCUACAGUCUGAGGAACAAGGAUGUCCACAUUGCUCUGAGAAAGACUUUAAAGAAAAGGGUGGUCACCUAA